UCUUUGCACCAUGAUCAUCUUCCAUGAUGAAGAUGAAACCAUCUCUUCUCUGGACCUUCCUCUUCAUCCAUCUCCACCUCAUCUUCAAUCACUCUCUUCCCCAGAGGACUUGCCCCAAUUGUGGCUCCACGGAAAUACCAUACCCUCUGAGCACAGACCACACUUGUGGAGACCCAAAUUACUCCAUCCGCUGUGACCCCAAAUCCCAAAACCUCUUCUUCGAUGCUCUCAAUGGAAGCUCUUAUCGCAUCCUCAGAAUCAUGGCGUCUUCCAGACGCAUGAUCGUCCGGCCGUCGCCAUGGCUUCCGGGAACAAGCUGCGUGACUCAAGACAUGGUUCGCAGCGAGGGGCUAUGGCUGAACCACACUCUUCCCUUCAACAUCACCUCAUCAAACACCAUUUUCCUCUUCAACUGCUCGCCUCGCCUUUUAAUCUCUCCUCUGAAUUGCACUUCUUCCAGUCUCUGCCACCGGUUCCUAGAUUUUCCGGCCGGCCACGUCGACAAGGACCGGGCGGCUCACUGCGCCGGCUGGUUGGACCCCUGCUGCACCUUCGUCGCGGGCGGGAUGCCGUCGGCGUACAAGAUUAGGCUCCAUUAUUCCGGCUGCAGGGCUUUCAGAAGUGUACUGAACCUUGAUCCGGCGGCGCCGGCGAGUCAGUGGGAAGAAGGGUUGGAGAUUCAGUGGAGCCCGCCGCCGGAGAAGGCUUGUAAAACCCAGCUCGAUUGUUCCGGUGAUUCCACGUGUCAAAAGAAUGUUUCUCGCUGCAUUUGCAAUAGAGGCUAUUACUGGAAUCAUGGCCUCGGUAUUUGCUCGAGAACGAAGAAGAAGAAAUCUGGCCUUGUUUUGAAGGUUUCGAUUGCAGCUGCCUCCUCCGUCGUUAUUGCGGCGGCAAUGGCGGUGGUAACGGUGAGAAAAUCCGGGAAAUACUUCAACCAGGCAAAGCUCGCCAAGGCAAGGCAAGAUGUUUUGAAAUCGAACGGCGGAAAAGCGACGAGGAUGUUCAGCUUGUCGGAGCUGAAGAAGGCGACAAAUGGAUUCUCCAAAGACAGGUUUUUGGGCCGCGGCGGAUUCGGAGAAGUCUACAGAGGCGAGCUCGAAGACGGCGCCGUCGUCGCCGUCAAAUCGGCUAAAGUCGGCGAUAUCAAAAGCACCCACCAAGUUCUCAACGAAGUCGGAAUCCUCUCCCAGGUAAACCAUAGAAACCUGGUUAAGCUCGUCGGAUGCUGCGUGGAAGCCGAGCAGCCAUUGAUGGUCUACGAGUUCGUUUCCAACGGGACGCUUCACGACCAUCUCCACGGCGCCGCCGCCUUCUUCCUGGACUGGAAAACUCGGCUGAGAAUCGCUGCACAGACGGCCGAAGCACUGGCUUAUCUUCACUCAUCAGCUCAAACUCCCGUCUUCCACAGAGACGUCAAGUCGACAAACAUACUCCUCGACAACGAAUUCAACGCCAAAGUUGCCGAUUUCGGUCUCUCCCGGUUGGCCCUGCCGGGGCUCAGCCAUGUCUCGACCUGUGCUCAGGGAACGCUUGGAUACUUGGACCCGGAAUAUUACCGGAACUACCAGUUGGAUGACAAGAGCGACGUUUACAGCUACGGAGUCGUGAUGCUUGAACUGUUGACUUCACAGAAGGCAAUUGAUUUCUCCAGGGACCAAGAUGAUGUGAACUUGGUGGUUUAUGUGACCCAGCGAGUUUCCACUGGCUCGAUCUUGGAGGUUGUCGACAGGCGGCUGCUGGGGGAAGAGCCUCCUGUGAAGAUGGUGAACAGUACUGUGAAGCUGUUCAUUGAGGUGGCUUUGGCUUGUCUGAGGGAGAAGAAGAGGGAGAGACCCGCCAUGAGAGAGGUUGCCCAGGAGCUUCAGAGUAUUAUGAAGAUGACUGAUGAUCAAGAGGAGGAGGGUUCUAAUGAGCUCAGGGUUGACAUUAUAUGACAUCACAGAAUACUUAAGAAAUAAAUUAUUUAUC